AUGAAACAUACGUUGCCAGAAGAUGCUUACAGUCCUAAUCGAAGAAUGUUCCUCAUACCAUCCUAUGAUCUAAUUGAUGAAAUAAGCGGGUGGGAUGAGUUAGAAAAGGCAAUGAACACGUUGAAAAGUAAGCGAGAGUUGGUUCUUGGGUUGAAGAAGCAGCAAAUGAAAGAGACCCCACAAGACAAAAACGUCACCGAUUAUGUACUAGACUUGGGUAGACUUUUGGCUCGUUACCUAAGCGAUGAUGGUUUACACGUUUAA